UAGCGAUUCAUCCCACAGCCUUGAACGCAGCACCAAACCUGCUUUAGAAGCGUGAGAAGGAGGAAGAAGUCAGCCGACUUUGAGGCAACAUUAACCUCGCUACUUUGUCGGGGAGAGUCGUUCAAAUUCAACCCACACUUAACACCGUAGUGGGAAGGCGACAUUUGAACGAUUCUCCUGCUCCUACAAGAUGGCAGAGCAAACUAGCAGUGUGAGAUAUCAGGAGUUGGUGAAUCAUGAGGAGGAGCCACUCCCACCAUCUCAAGAGGGUCCUGCUCAGGAGGUACCACCACCCCCUUACAGCAGUGUGGUUGCAGCAAAUUCAGCUUUCUUUGAAUAUAAGGAAGAUGGGGGAAGAUUCCCCAACCCACCGUCCUACAAUGUGGCCACCACUUUGCCCUCUUAUGAUGAAGCAGAAAGAAGCAAAGUGGAGGCAGCCGUCCCUCUUGUCAACGGGAGAGUCACCGAUGAGGACUUUGUGGCCAGAGACGACUUUGAGGACGCCGACCAGCUGCGAAUAGGAAAUGACGGCAUAUUCAUGCUGACUUUCUUUAUGGCAUUCCUCUUCAACUGGAUCGGCUUCUUCUUGUCCUUCUGUUUGACCACAUCAGCUGCUGGACGAUACGGCGCCAUCUCGGGCUUUGGCCUGUCCCUGAUCAAAUGGGUUCUUAUCGUCAGGUUUUCAACCUACUUCCCUGGCUACUUUGAUGGCCAGUACUGGUUGUGGUGGGUGUUCCUGGCUUUGGGCUUCAUGCUGUUCAUCAGGGGCUUUGUCAACUACUCCAGAGUGCGCAAACUUGCAGAUCCUGCGUAUGCCAGUCUACCCCGAACAAGAGUUCUAUUCAUCUAUUAGACUGAGCUUGUCGGACGUGGAAGACACGACGCACACAAAUCAAAGCGAUGAGACGUCUGAGCUAAAGGAAGAAGCGAUUGGGGUACUAGUGGAUGGAUGACUUUAGUUUGCAAGCGUUUUAAGAGCAGGUUGAACUGUAAUAGUCCCUCAGUGUACUCGUUAGUGGCGCAUGUUCACCUGCUAUUUUCAUCCGGUCUGUUAACUUUUGUUUUCGCUGGACUACACGCUCAUGUCACCAGCUGUUGUUAGCAUGCGGCGUCACCACAUGCUUUCCACUCGUACAACAUGUGAGGCCAGUCUUAUAAGUACCAUACACUAUAUGGACUAAAGUAUUGGGACACAGGGCAGGGGUGUCCAAACGUUUUCCACUGAGGGCCGCAUACAGAAAGAUUGAAAGAUGCCAAGGACCUCUUCUAUUUUACUCUAUAACCAAUCUAAUGUACAUAACACAUUUGCUAGAAAUGUUUAGAACAAAUUAAAUCUUAAUCAAACAAUCGUUAAUGAUAAUAAAGUUUUUGGGGUGUGUAAACUAAAGACAAAAUUCACUGAUAACAAUUAUAACGGCAAUAGGUUAAUUAUGUCUCCUUUUUGAAUGUGUGUGUUCAGUUUCCUAUAUUCAGACUAGUUGUGGCUAUAAUAGAAUCGAGUUGAUUACAGUGGAAUCUUAAUUGGGUCUUGAACAUGGAGAAGUUCAUACAUAAAAGCAGAGUUCCCCAUAAGAGACAUUGUAAACAUGAAUAGUAGGCUCCAGCCUCGACAAAAGUCCCGAUUUUAUUGAAGGUUUGUACACUUUGGACACAAUAUAAAGUGUUACACAGUACUGUAUAUCAAACACAGGUGCAACGUUCUAUUUAAUGACAAGUUGAACUUUGCUGUAUGCACUGCACUGCCAACACACACACACACACACACACACAAGCCACUAUGGUGUCCUCCCAAACAAUCAGACAUCCUAAAACUUUUACCAACCAUAUUGCUACAAUAAUAAGCAUUUAAAAAAAGUAACAUCCCUCACAUUGACAAGGAGCUGAAUGGAAAGAGUGGACAGACCGUGAGAUACAUACUUGCCAACCCUCCCGAAUUUUCCGGGAGACUCCCGAAAUUCAGCGCCUCUCCCGAAAACCUCCCGGGACAAAUAUUCUCCCGAAAAUCUCCUGAUUUUCAGCCGGAGCUGGAGGCCACGCCCUCUCCAGCUCCAUGCGGACCUGAGUGAGGACAGCCUUUUUUUUAUGACGGGAGGACAACAGGGUGACAAGAGCUAAAUCAUCCAGACUAGAUAGAAAUUGUAUUAUUAUGUUUAUGUUACCUAAAAAUAAAUAUAUUUAUUAAUUAAAUUUUUUUUUUUUAUAAAUAAAUAAAUAAAUUUUUACUAUAUUUUGCUAAAAACAUCAAAAUUAAUUGUAUUUUUAUUUGUGUUUUUUCUGACUCCUUAUUACAUCCAGCCAUAGAAUUAUACAUUCAAAUAAACAUAUUUGAAAUAAUUAAUUUUAAAUUAUCAUAAUAAUUCAUUUAAAAUGACCAUAUUUAAUAUUAAAAUAAUUGCUUGUUUAUCAACAACUUUAGCAUUUUAUUCAUUACAUUUUGAAGCUCUCAGAAGCCAAGUUAUGUUAUAUUCCUUAAUAUUUAUUUAUGCAAGUUUGAAGUAUCAAUUAUCUAAACACAGUUUUGUUUGCAUAUUUUCAGGAUGUAUAUAUAUAUAUAUAUAUAUAUAUGAAAUACUUGACUUGGUGAAUUCUAGCUGUCAAUAUACUCCUCCCCUCUUAACCACGCCGUUAACCACGCCCUGCCCCACCUCCGACCACGCCCCUACGCCCCACCUCCCGAAAUCGGAGGUCUCAAGGUUGGCAAGUAUGGUGAGAUAGAAAGAAGUGGGAUCGGAGCCUGCUUGGUCAAUCAUACUUGGGAGUGCUAUUAAAUAACCUUAAGGCCCAAGCUGUUUGUUUACAUGCUUUUUUUUUUAAUUUCUCUUUGCUAUUUGGGCUUGUUGGACCCUAAUUAGAAUAAAAACUAAGAAUCAUCUUUUGAUAUGAUGUACUUAGUCCAUAAGUACACAAACGUGUACUUCAUGUUUAGUGACAUGCUAAUUCUUAUUUUUACACUUUUUUUCCCUCCAAAUUCUAUCGUAUGUUAUACUCUUCUGACACUCUUCUGGCAGUAUAAGUGUCCACAUAAGCGGCCGUAAGAUCCCAAUUCAGUAGUGUACACAAUUUUGGAAAUAAGAGCUAAAAGGUGCUGUCCACGCAUGUGGCCACUAAGCCUUUAGAGCAGUGGUUCUUAACCUUGUUGGAGGUACCGAACCCCACCAGCUUCAUAUGCGCAUUCACCCAACACUUCUUUAGUGAAAAAUAAAAUGUUGUUUUUUUCAAAUUCAAGACAAAGUUAUACGUUUUUGGUAACACUUUAGUAUGGGGAACAUAUUCUAAGUAACAAUGACUUAAUUUAGUUAUUUAGUGAGGGUUAGGGUUAGAGGGUUAGAGGGUUAGGGUUAUAAUAAGGCCAUGCCGAAAAAGGCAUUAAUAAGUACUUAAUAAUGACUAGUUAAGAGCCAAUAUGUUACUAAUUUGCAUGUUCCCAUACUAAAGUGUUACCAUGUUUUUUUUAACUGGUGCACAAAAUGAAGCGUGCAUGACCAUCACCUUGUUCACAGAACAAAACCAACACAGUGCAUAAACUCACAACAAAUGACACACCUGCAAAUCAGUCUGACUUCUGCUGUUGUCGUAUCCGUAAUACGCCGAUAGGGAGAAGUUUUUAUUUACACGAUGAGUCGGGUGUGUCUCGACCUCCGCCGAACCCCUGAGGCCGACUCACCGAACCCCUAGGGUUCCAUCGAACCCAGGUUAAGAACCACUGCUUUAGAGGUUUUAAUGUACAGUACUCCUCCAAAUAGUCAUUUUUUUCCAUCCACAGGGAUUCCCUCGUUUUUUCCCCACACUGGUCUGUUGGCUUUUUGGGUCUCAUUUUGUGUCAGUAAAAUGGAAAAUUAACGACUGAAUGAAGCAUUCGUACACAGAGACAUGGUUCGCACACGGAGGCAUUCUUGGAGGCGGUCCAAAAGUUUGUGUAUCUACGUAGUUUCCACUGUCGUCUGCAGAAGGGUCACCUGAUCGCUAUCAUACCUAAAACUUGUCUGAAAAGGAAACUGCUGCGCUAACGUGUUUCCACACACUGCCCUGACCUACAUAGAGUGAACAUGUGUGUUCUAGUCCACCUUUGUUCAUAAUGUUUCACCAAGGAAUAUGAAUACUUGAGUCCAUCUAGUGUACAUGCUGGUCAUGCAUGUGUUUCAUACCGCUCCAAAUCAGCGUCCACGUGGUUUGACCUGAUCCGCAAUCAACAAACGUGUGUAGAUUUGAUAUAACUGGACAUUUAGUUGCUACAAAAAAAGUUGUAUAGGAGAAAAUAUAUGUGGCGGAAACAACUAUUAUCAAAGAAUGUUGUAUGCACUUUUAGAAACUAACAAAAAGCCCUUCGUUAUUUGACGUCAAGCCUAAAACAAACAAAAAAAGUAUAUUUGCAAUGUUGGGUUUUGUCAGAGGAAAAAGUGAUUUGAAGCACAGUCGUGUUUAGGGGCGGUUCAACACUUUUUAGCCUUCAUUGUUCAACUUUACUACGCACUAUCAUGGCUUUGAUGUUCAUUUCAAGUGAUGUAGAACUGCAUCUUUGCUUGUUCUGAAACUGUACAGAAAAUAUUUACUUCAAUAAAUGUCACUUCUAAUGCC